AUGGUGGCGCUGGGCUUUUUCACCGCUGACAUUUUUCCCAUUGAGAACAACCUCCUUUCCUUUCCCACACGAGCGAGAUGCACCCAGCAGCAGCCCCCACCCGGCAUCCGCGGAGGGAUGAGCGGCUCCUGUGCAGCACUGUGGACUGAGCCGCACUCGCAUGCCAGCAUGCUGCCAUACAUCCUCCUCCUCGCCUGUCUGCUGCUCUCUGGGCAAGCACAGAGUUGCAGUGUCAGUGAAAUUAUCCGGCAUACAACAUACCUACUUUCAUGUUCGUGUCUUCCCAUUGCUGAGCCUGGCUAUGAGGUGGCAUGCUUUGUGGAAGGAACCACACACAUGCUGGAAAACAACGUAUCUUCAAAGCAAGCAGUCACAAGGCUUAAGAGAAUCUUUCAGACUCAACUGGAUAGAAAACUCUGCGAAAGCCUGACACGUGGGAACCAAUGCCAGUACAAGACCAAGGGAAAUGUGGAGGAAUUUUUGAAUAAAAUCCUGAGAACCUAUCAAGCAAUCAAUAAACAUACAACUCAAAAAACAAAUUAA